UUUUGUUAUGAAGGUGAACUAGUUCCUGCAGCGGUGGUGCAGCCUGUAGCUCUUCUUCUUCUGCACCUUUUUAAACUAAAAAAAAAACCGUUCAAUCUGCGGACAGACUGGCGUUAAAGCUUCACGACCUUUACGCAGGAAGACGGCAGGACGUCAACAUAAAGCAGUUUGAGUUUAAGUAAUGAAAGAGAAACACGACCUGCCUUCAUGCUUACUUUCAACAAAGAAGAAGUUAUGGAUAUUCGCGACGGGAAGAAGAGGAGAAAGGUAAGCGGCGACAGCGGCGGUGGUUUCGGGGUCGGUCUGCGGGGCUGCAGGCGGAGCGUGGCCGCAAAAAUGAAGCGGGAGGUGGGCAGAGUGCUCCGCUCCCGCACGCUGGAGGACAACAACUACACGGAGCCUAUGGAGGAGGAGGAAGAGGAGGACGACUGCUUCUCCAUCAGCUUCGCCCGGAGUGAGCGCCUGGAGCCCGCCGUGGUGGUCGCCCCCCGGUACAGCCUGCUCCGGGAGGUCGGCCGGGGCAGCUACGGGGUGGUGUACGAAGCCAUAGCCCGCAAAACAGGGGCCAGGGUGGCGGUGAAGAGGCUCCAGUGCGACGCCCCUGAAAAUGUAGAGCUGGCCCUGGCCGAGUUCUGGGCCCUGACGAGCCUGGAGAACCGGCACCAGAACGUGGUCCAGCUGGAGGAGUGCGUCCUGCAGAGGAAAGGGAUGGCCCAGAAGAUGAGCCACGGGAACCUGAGAUCCAAACAGUACCUGCGACUGGUGGAGACCUCACUCAAAGGGGAGCGCAUCCUGGGCCACCCGGCCGAGCCCUGCUAUCUCUGGUUCGUCAUGGAGUUCUGCGAGGGCGGGGACCUCAACCAGUACAUCUUGUCCCGCCGGCCCGACCCCCACACCAACAGGAGCUUCAUGCGGCAGCUGACGAGCGCCGUGGCCUUCCUGCACAAAAACAACAUUGUCCACCGCGACCUGAAACCAGACAACAUCCUCAUCUCGCAGAAAUCUGGCUCGCCUGUUCUCAAGGUCGCCGACUUCGGACUCAGUAAAGUUUGCGCUGGCAUGAACUCCAAGAACAUGGAGGAGACCCCCGCGGGAGGAGCGGGGGGCAAAGAGAGCAACCAGAACAACAUUGUCAACAUAAACAAGUUCUGGUUGUCGUCGGCUUGUGGAUCGGACUUCUACAUGGCGCCCGAGGUGUGGGAGGGCCACUACACGGCCAAGGCCGACAUCUUUGCGCUGGGCAUCAUCAUCUGGGCGAUGAUUGAGCGGAUCACCUUCAUCGACGCGGAGUCCAAGCGGGAGCUUCUGGGCACCUACAUCCGGCAGGGCACUGAGAUCGUACCUGUCGGGGAGGCGCUGCUGGAGAACCCAAAGAUGGUUCUGCACAUCCCGCAGAAGGCCCGGAGCUCCAUGUCUGAGGGGGUGAAGAAACUCCUCCAGGACAUGCUCGCAGUCAACCCUCAGGACCGGCCGGACGCCUUCCAGCUGGAAGUGCGGAUGGACCAAGUCACGUGUGCAGCGUGAUGGCACCCCACAUCCCCCCCAGACCGCCCCCCACCCCCCCGCCCCUUUGUUUAACCCAACCAGUCAAAGAAGGGACCCUUCACCUUCCCAGCUUUGUUUACGACGUGGAUGUGGACUCAGACGUGCACUCGGACGAUGGACAAAAAAAGGGACUCUGACAAAAAAUGUACUGUGAAGAAGCCACAAUCAUAAUCUGAGCAGGAUGUGAUGAUGAUUCCAAAACUCUGGGACUGGAUCUGUAUGCAAACUUGACGUCAGCGCCGUGCAGAGACUGGUGUCUCUGAGAGCUGACUGGAUGUGAAACCAGGUUCAAAACAUUUGUUGUUGUUUUUUACAUUUGUUGAUUUAUUUGUUCCGGGCUUCCCCAUCACAGGCCUGCUCUUCUCUUAAUGAUGGAGUGAAACUCUGCCAGGGCACAGGUGGUCACAGCAUGGUCAAUAUGACAUUUAUCACAGCUUCUUUUGUCCCCUAUCUCCCCCCAUACAACCUCGUGCCUUAAAGAUGAUUCACUAAAGUGCGAUUGGAUCUUGAAAGUGAAAAAAUUUUGUGGGAAAGAAACUUUGUUCAUGAGGCUGAAACCACGUUUGACUCGUGCACAAUUCUGUCCGCAGAAAUUUACAUUUCACAAAUGGAAUCUGUCGAUUUCAAAGAUGUCAGAAAACCUGCAAUAAUGUAAAGUAAGAAUGUGGAAAUUGAGUCCUUCUCCUUCAAAAACCUACAAAACUGAGUUGAAAAAGACGAUUUCAUCAGUGUUGCUUAUGUUCAGAAGGUUUGAGAAGAUAUUUCACCUGUGCCGCUCUGUGAAAGCAGACGCAGAAGAAAAUGUGAAUGUUUAAAGUUAAAACCAUCAGAUUGAGCCCAUGUAAGAAGUAGCAGGCCUGUUGAAACUCCAUACAACACCAUGUUUUUGUAACCAAACAUCGUCCAGCAGGGAAUUCAAACUGGUUUCAUUGGUCAGGAGUUCAACCCAAAGAGAACCUGCUGGACUAAUUAUCUGUUUUUUAUCAUCACUGCAUCAGUUGGUGGGUUUUUGGUAACUUUAUAUUGAAUGUUUUUUAUAUAUUGAGGAUGUUGAGUGUGGCAUUUACAGGAUUCUCGAGGUCAUGUAAUGGUCUGAAAACAAGAUAUCGAGUCAGUGGUUUAACUUGCAAACGUGUCAUUAAGAGAUAUUGAGCCGUGGGGUUUUAACAGCCUGACACCUCAGCAGUAUUGGGCCCUCUGUGGCUGAAUCUUUCUGGUAUUUUUUUUUUUAAGGGACUUUCAGAGCACAUUUGAAGGUUUGUCAUCUGGAAAUAAUCCCCAAAAGCUCCAUGGGUUAUCCAUCCUGACUGCCCCUUCCUUCCGCCACUCCUUCAGUGCUUUAUUGAAGUCGCUUUGAGCGCUUUGCAGAGGCACGAGACGCAUUAGACAACACACCCAGGCUCUCACUGCUCUGAUCAUAGACUGUUUAUAAGAGAUGGACGUCACUUUGUUGAUAGCUUCCAUUUUUAAGCCUCCAUUUUUUUGCAUUUGAGCAUCUCCAUCUUGUUUUUUUUUUAAGCCUGAAGUGACCACAGGAGUUUGUUUUAAAUUGUAAUCUGGGCUAAUUAAAAGGCAAGGUAAUCACCUAUUUAACAGGCCAAAUUAACAAGCUAGGUUUGGCUAGCACAGCCAACAGUGAGCGCUAACAUUUACAGAAAUUACAACUCCAAUUAGCUAAUGCUUUAGCUAGCUCUGUUUGCAGGAUGCUUCCAUAACUCACAGUGACUGUGAGAAAGGCUCUAAAAACAAGGUUGUCAAACUUUUUGAGACUUGGUAACCACAAUCUUCAGCGAGACAAAGAGAGAGAGAGCACGGUAUAGAUUGCACAAAUACGUUAGCAACAAUAAGGAAAGUACUUGUGCAGUGUUCAGUAAGAGUGUCAAAAUUUCCAAUACUCAAUAAAAAGUACCAAAGCUUAAAAAAUGUCUUAAGACAGUAGCAUAGGAGAGGAAUGAAGCCAUCAAUAUUUGCAAGAGAACUUCUGCAGACGAUCUAAAUUGCAGAAAAACAUUAGCAGUGUUUCAGUACCUGCAAUUCUUGGUAAUAAAAAAGCACAAAAUUACCAAACAUUUGAUGCCUUUGAUUCCUGUUGAUCGUUUUAUUUUAACUGCUAUCAUCUCGAAGUUUAAAGACAUGAUACGAUGUGACAGCCCUACUCAAAAAUCAGUCUUUCAAAAUCUGAGAUACUUUGAAGCUUCGUUGAGAGAAAGGGAACGGGCACCUACUAAAUGGUAUGAAUACGAACAUUUCGUAUGAUUUAGACGUGUGCACGAGUUUGUAUGCACUUUUUGUCGAUCGAAAACACAAAUUACGCAACAUUUGGUUGUCUAGGACUUAAUUUUUGUAUUGCUGUGACAUCAAUAGCAGGUCAUUCGAUUUUUACUAGCAUCUUAUCAGAGUUUUAAAUUCUGCUACCAUGACAACCCGACACUAACAUAUUCUUACCAAAGGUGGGUGGCACCUUAGUGUUCCCUGCUUUAUCACAUAUUUUCCUCUAAACGGAACCAGUAUUCCCCAAAACGAACAACCCAGCUUUCAAACACAGCUCUUGGCUUCACUUUGCAAACAGAAAUGGUACGUCCAUUUUCUUAUUUACAGUCUGUGUUGUGUUGAUGAAAAGUGAUCGCUACGUAUCGUCUGAUUCGAGGCGAGUCAGUACUUGAAACAACUUUUAUUAACCGGGAAAACAAAAAGAACAAAAUGCAAAAGUUCAAAUCUACAAACAGAGUGAUGACGGCAUGCAGUGGGAAGAUUAAAAAAAAAGUGGGAAUAUUAUUAAAGGUUUUUUUUUUUUACCAGACUCUCCUGCAUAGUUUCAUAGCACUGUGUGGCGUUCAGGUUCAGUUUUAAUGACUCCACGGUAGCAGUAGUAAACUUUGAGGCGUUUUGUUUUGUGGUCCUACCUCAUUCUCAGCACUCUGAAAUAUCUAAUCUACCUUUACAGUUCUCAUUAGCCGCAUAGUUUCAGCUUCUGAUAUUUUUUUUUACCUCAGAUUAAACCUCCUCAGUCUUGAAACAACCUCUGACUUACUUCUGUGUGGUGUUUUGUUUUCUUUUAAAGCUUACCGUGUGUUUGUUAGCGUUCAACAACUAUAGCUCCCAUAAAGUGUCUGAAGGAAACCUUAACAGCUCUGCACAUUUAGUACUUAACAACGCAAACUGUGUCACUUACCUACGUCUUGUUUUCUUCACAUUAAUGUUGUUCAACGUGAAAGAAAGUAAGAUUCACAAAACGACAAUUUCUGUGCUUGUUUGCAUUCUAUGCCGAUGACACUCAUGUGAGCCGUAGUUGUUGAAUGCUAACCCAAAUGCUAACGCUGUUAUUAAAACAUGAAGGUUUUCAGUUUUGGGAUGAGAUUUUUCUAGUGUAAAUCUGUGAUUUACUCUUUGGGAUAAGUGACCUGCUCAGCAGAGUUCAAUGACACUCGUGUGGUGAAGUGUUAAAACGUUAGCAUGGUUGAAGACUGUAAAUGGCAUUGCUGUGGUUGAUAGUGCAUAUGCUAACUGAGGAUCUUGAUACUUUACCUUGUUAUCUGCUAACCUGCUGUCACCGUGUCGUUCUGUUUCAGUUAUCUCUCUUCUUCAGACUAGUAACAAACCCACUUGAAAUCACUUUACACUAUGCAAAAUGUGUCACUGCCUCACUGUAAACACCGUACAGAGCCACACCGUUCUCGAAUAAAUUGUGUUUAAUAUCUUUGUUCUUUUUAGUGCAUAUUUCCAAUGUGUUCAUAAAUAAUGUGUAAAAUAAUGACGCUGACAGGAGCCAUUAGAUGUUUGAGAAAGCAUCGUGUGUUUUUUUUGCUGUAAAUAUGUUUGACAAUUUUUCUUGGAAUAAAAUGAUCGAAAAUA